UGGCCUGAAGCAGGAGAAGGUAUCAGGGGAGGAGUGGAGCAGCUGUGGGGGCGUGGCCAGGGAAACAGCCUUAAAUGAUCUGGAGGAGACUGAGGCCACCAGCCCUAGGAAAAUCUCUGAGUCCACAGAGGUCGGAGGUCAGAAGCUGGACAGCCUGCUGAAAGAGGAGCCUCUCCACAACACUGAGCUACAGGAGAGAUGGGGCGUCUGCCUGGAUGGGGCCGAUGGUUCAGACGUCUCGGGGCCCAGUAAGAGUUUUAUUCAGCAGGAUCUACAGCGGUGCCAGGAUGACUGGGCUUCUGGUCUAGACCAGGGCCUGAACCACCGGGCCCCGAGGGAGACCCCAGCCAACCUCUCUACCGCCCCCGCUACGGCAUGGAGGAACUGGGGGUCGGCUUUGAGAAGUCUGGUUACGGCAGUAGUGGUAGUGGCGACCAUCUUCUAGACAUGGAAGGGCUGGAUAGGCUUCCUGGUUCUCCGUCUCGUCUGGGGGGGCUGAGCUACAGAGUUGCAGGUCGCUACCAGGUGGACCUGGGGGGGUCUGAGGGGGGAGACCAUCACCAUCGCUCCCACAUGCCUCGCUCCCAUCGGAGCCGGAGGGAGCAGGUGGGGUCGCCAAUGCCAUCCCCCCACCCGGAGGUGGGAGACCUGAACUGCCUGUUGAUCAACGAGGAGGGUUACCUGCAGGACUCCAGUGUCGUGUACCCAGAACAUGGUGUCCCAGAGUCAGGUAGUAGAGCCGGCCACAGGGGGCUAUCCUCCAUCCACUCUGGAAGCUCAGCCCACAACAACACAGAGAGCCUGUAUGAUGCCGCUGACGACUUUGGACUCUCUUUAAACCUCAGAGAUCGUUCACAAGAGCAGGUAACAGGAGUAGGGGGAGGCGUCAUGCCUGCAAUCAAUGUACCAUGACCUUCCCAGACUUUGGUUCCCUCAAGGCCCACAAGCAGACACACAAAACUGGUAGAGAGUCAGGGUCUGGGCCUCCGUACUCCUGCACCCAGUGCGGUAAGACCUUCACCCAGGCCUGCAACCUCAAGGUCCACCAGAGGGUCCACCAGGCCAAGGGACUCCACCUCUGCAGCCACUGCGGCAAGGGCUUCACCUCCUUCUCCGACCUGAAGAGGCACAAGUGCAGCCAGACCACAGACAAGCCCUACUGCUGCUCCAUCUGUGGGAACAAGUUCAGUCGGCUCUGGAACCUGAAGGUGCAUCAGCGCAUUCACACGCAGGAGAAACCCCACUGCUGCAAUAUGUGUGACAAGAGCUUCACACGGGCAGACAUUUUGAAAGUGCACCUGCGCACCCACACUGGGGAGAGACCGUACUGCUGUUCUGUGUGUGGACUCAGCUUCAAACGACUGGCACAUCUGAAGUCACACCAGCGCAAACACAGGCCAAAUCACCUGGACUGAAUUUUUUAUUGAUACAUUUUUUUGUUAUAUAACAGACACUUACAAUUGCUACAUUAAUCUUCGAACAGCUAGUUUUAUUAUUUUAUUUGACAUUGAGAACAUUUCUUGUGAUCAGUUCUUUAUUAAUAAGGACAUUGAAAAUAUGAACAUGUUUGCUGUGAUCUAGUGUACAAUAAAUUAGGCGGCUCUGCUAUUCUUACAACUUUGCCCAGUCAAAAAGGCGGAACUACUUUUCUAUGACUUCUGAUCCUUCUAGCCUUGAUUUUCAUUUUUAUAAUUUUUAUAGUACUUUUUAAUAUGUAUAAUUUUUACUAGGUGUUGUCCAAUUAAUUCUGUAACCCUCUUCAAAUCAAGUUUGAUUGGAAAAUGCUGUUCAAAUGACAUGCAUUAUCAAAUCUUUGUACUCCCUGACUAAGGCCAUGCAGCCGAAACGCGUCUGAGUUUAAUCUUUGUUUUCAUUUAACAUGCCGUACAAAUAAAGGCAUUUUAAUUAAUUA